UGCAGUUGAAGCUUGAGUAAAAGGGUAUUUUUCACAUUAGAAGGCUGGUUGCAUAUUUUAGAGAUGUUUACUCCAUAUUAUGGGGUGGAGCAGACUAUCCUAGUUAAUGAUCCUCCAAAGGUUUAAAAGCCAAGUAUUCAUGAUGUGAGGACAGAAGAUCGGAGAGUCCACGGCUGAACUAUAUCUACUGAACUCUUCGCACUGCACAAAAGCUCACAUUCACCAUGGACCUGGUUGCGGUUCUCUUGGCCAUCGUGGUCAUUUUAUUUUUGGCCAAAGCUUUUAUGAACCAGAAAUAUGGAAAUUACAAAAACUUCCCACCUGGACCAACACCUUUACCGAUUAUUGGAAAUCUCCUCACAAUCAACUUGUCAAAACCCCAUAAAACAUUCAUGGAGCUUUCUAAGACGUACGGCCCAGUCUUCAGCGUCCGGUUAGGCAUGACAAAAGCAGUUGUCCUAUGUGGUUAUGACGUGGUGAAGGACGCGCUCAUCAACCAUGCCGAGGCCUUCAAUAACAGACCUCAUACACCGGUGGUUACAAAAUUAAUAAAGAACAAUGGCAUUGUCUUUUCCAAUGGAGAGAACUGGAAAGUAAUGAGAAGAUUCACACUCUCCACACUACGGGAUUAUGGAAUGGGGAAGAAAACCAUUGAAAACAAGAUCACAGAGGAGGCCGAGUAUUUAGUGGAGAAGUUCAGAUCCUAUAAAGGGAAGCCUUUUGAUAACUUGACCAUCAUCAAUGCAGCCGUAGCCAAUAUCAUUGUGGCCAUACUGCUCAGCCAUAGAUUUGACUAUGAAGAUCCGACCAUACAGAGGCUGAUGGGUUUAAUCAAUGAGAAUGUACGACUUCUGGGAAGCCCUUGGAUCAGGCUAUAUAACAGUUUUCCGUCACUGAUGGACGGUCUUCCCGGACCUCACCGAACAGUUUUCAAGAACAUCAGAGAGUUCCAGAAAUUCAUAAGAGAAACAUUUACAAAACAGAGGAAAGAACUAGAUGUAAAUGACCAGAGGAACCUUGUGGAUGCCUUUCUAGCCAAACAACAAGAGGGAAAGUCUGAAUCCAAAGAGUAUUACCAUGAUGAAAACUUAACUACACUGGUAGCGAACCUGUUCGGUGCUGGAAUGGAGACCACCUCAACCACCCUGAGAUGGGGGCUUCUGCUCAUGAUGAAAUAUCCAGAGAUUCAACAAAAAAUCCAUAAUGAAAUUGAAAGAGUGAUUGGAUCAGCCCAACCUCAGAUGGAACAUAGGAAACAAAUGCCGUAUACUGACGCCGUCGUACAUGAAAUUCAACGUUUUGGGGAUAUUGUACCUGAUAAUGUUCCACAUGCAACUUCUGAAGACGUCACAUUCAGAGGGUAUUUUAUUCCAAAGGCUACUCUAGUUUUCCCAUUGCUGCACUCGAUAAUGAGAGAGAAAACUUACUUUGAGAAACCGGAAGAGUUUUAUCCAGAACAUUUUCUUGAUUCAAAGGGGAAUUUUAAAACGAACGAGGCCUUCAUCCCCUUCUCAAUAGGUAAACGUAGCUGUGCUGGGGAAACCUUGGCUAAAAUGGAGCUAUUCCUGUUCUUCACAACACUAUUACAAAACUUCACUUUCAAGCCUGUACCCGGAGCCAAACUGGACCUUACUCCUAAAAUAGGGUUUACAAACUCCCCCCAACCCUUUGAGAUCUGUGCCAUAUCUCGCAGAUAGAUGAAGUCUUCGAUCAAUUCUGGUAUAAGACAUGUUUUACUUCAUCAUUUUUUUUUUUUUAAAGAGAUUUUCCAGCAAAUGUAUGUUUCCUA